AUGAAGUCCACCACAGCGUCCCUAUUAUCUAUCCCUUUACUACUCCUGCAUCUCGCGGCUGCGGUAUCGAUAGACUGCCAACAUAUCCGGGUGGACGGGAAAAAGUUUGAUCUGUCCAAACUCGCAGGUCGUCAUUCUCUGUCAGUGCACGACACCUCCAGACCCCCUGCAGAAUAUAACACUACUUGGACACUUGAUCUGUGCGCACCUUUGAAGAAGAUCCAAGGAAUUAAAGAUUCGGAUCAGUGUCCACAGGGAACGCGAGUCUGCGGAGUAGUGCAAUCUUGGAAUCCGGCCGAUGAUCCGGACAAAAAACAUGUCGAAGUCGAAAACGUUAUUCCUGUAGCUGGGAAUUUCGACUCCAGUACUGGAAAGAGCCUCGAUCCCAAAGUGUCCCGACUGAAGAUGCAGGAUGCGAGUGCUGAUGGGUUGCAAAUAGAGCUCAAUGGUGGCUACUAUAACAAAAUGAAGCAGAGGGCCGUUAUUCAAUUGCAGUGUGAUAGGGACAGGACAGGCAACGAAAUGAAGAGAAAGCGAGAUGGGGAUGACAGCGAGGAGAAACCAAAUGCGCCCAGUUUGACGUUUGUCAGCUACGGGCAAGUUGAAGGCAAAGAGCAGAUGAAGGUUCUCCGUCUGAAUUGGAGAACAAAGUACGCCUGUGAGGAUUAUGCGAACAGCGAUGAGGCGAAGAAGGGCGGCUGGGGUUUCUUCACUUGGUUUGUCUUGAUUGCAUUCCUCGGCAUUGCGGCAUAUCUGAUCUUCGGCUCCUGGCUCAACUACAACCGUUAUGGAGCCCGUGGCUGGGACUUGCUCCCUCACGGAGACACGAUUCGAGACAUCCCAUAUCUCGUCAAAGAUGUGUCCAGAAAAGUCGUGGACACGGUGUCUGGCGGUGGCCCAAGAGGCGGGUAUAGUGCUGUAUGA